AUGGGACUCUUUGGCUUCUUGAAAGGGAAGAAAAAGUCUUCCGAAGGGUCUGCCGACUAUCCGAGGCAAGACGGAGGAUAUCCACAACAGCAGCAGCAGCAGUUUCAGCAGCCACCGCAAGAGCAGUUCGGCCAACCGCAAGGCUAUCCUCAGCCAGGCUACGCUCCAGAAGGUUACGCUCAACAGGGAUACCCUCAACAAGGCUAUCCGCCUCAAGGCCAUCCAGAACAUCAAGGAUACCCUCAAGAUCCUGGAUUUCCUCAGCAACAGUUCCAGGGAUAUCCUCCACAUGAAGAACACCGUCAAAUCGACAAUGUAGACCGAAAUGAUUCGGCUUGUCAGUACCAAUUCAAGCCAGACGAAGAGACAUAUCGAUGUCUUGACUGCGAGAUAACUGAAGACUGCCCUGUUCUCUGCCGAAACUGUUUUGAAGCUUCGGAGCACAAGAACCAUCGAUGGGAAAUGCUCCGAGACGAGGGUGGCGGAUGGUGCGAUUGUGGAGACGGAACUGCUUGGCGUCAGCCUUUCGUUUUCUGUCAGUUCCACGCUCCCAAAUACGAACAGCCUCAGCAAGAUCCUGGUAUGCCUUACCCAGUUGCCGGUGGAGACGUCGGUUACAACGCAUCAUACGGAAACCCACCACCAUAUGGCCAACAAUAUUGA